AUGCGAAUAUUGUACGAUCAUGAAUGCGAGAACGAUCAUCUGAUUGUUGGUGAGGGAAGACAAGCAGACUUGAAUCCAAUCCAUAGAUAUUGUCAUAACAUGGAUGGAGAGCAGGAGCAAAAGUUGGAGGAUAGGUUCAAGACAAUCAAGACACAUGGAAGAUACAUGACACUUCAAUGGGUAACUGAUAUGACAUAUGAGAAUUCUGGAUGGAAGAUUGAGUACGAAUUUGUGAACGAAAAUGAUGAGUGUGGUUAUCAUACAAGAGGAUUGUCUGGCAUGAUUCAUACUCCAAGUUUCGGAGAAAAAGAUUAUGAAAACGACUUGGAAUGUAUUUGGGAUAUUCAAGUGCCACUCGGAUUUCAUAUAAAUCUGAAAUAUAGAGAUUUUGAUGUGGAAACUUCAGAGAACUGUGCAAAGGAUCAACUUGUUAUCUCCCAAGAGCACUCAACACGAGCCAAUUCACCAAAUGGAGAUUACUAUUUCCUUUUCCAAGAUGAAGAAAAAGAAAAUCCGUUAUGUGGAAUUGAACAUCCAAAAGACUUUGAAUCGGAAUCGAAUCGUAUUCGUCUUAACUUUACAACUGACUCCAAGACGACUGCAAGAGGAUUCCGAAUCGAUUGGAAAGCUGAAUGUGGAACGACUUAUCGCCUGAAUCAUGGAGUUGUUUCCUCUCCAUAUUAUCCAGAAGGAUAUCCGAAUCAAGCGGAAACUUGUACUUAUCUCAUUGCACCACAAGAUCAAAAUUCAGUCAUCGCAAUCAAAUUCUCUGAUUUUGAUUUAUCAACUGUGAAGUCGAACUUUGGCCGAAAUCCAUGUGAAGAAGACUACCUUCAAUUCAUUGAGACUGGUUCAGACCGAGUAGUUUACACACUUUGUGCUGGCAUGGCAAUGCCAGCUGAUCCAAUGGUAUUUAAGGGACCAGUUGGUUUGAAGUUUGUGACUGAUAAAUCUUAUCUCUGGACUCUGGAUGAUUCGAAAGAGAAGAAGGCUAUGAAGAGAAAUAGAGGAUUCCAGUUUGCCUACUCUAUCAAUAAAUGUGGGGACAAUAUUGACCUCCGAGAAGGCAAUGAAUACACCACUACAAUCACCAGUCCAGCAUUCCCUCUUCCUUAUGCAAAAGAUCUUAAUUGCGUCUGGAAUAUCACUACUGAUGCCGAUAGGCAAUUGUAUGUAAAGUUCGAUAAAAUGGAUUUGGAAGCAUUCACAGAUUGUACAGCCGAUUAUGUCGAACUGUUCGAUUCAUCAGAUAUGGUUUCGAACAAAACGCUCGGAAAGUUUUGUGGGAAUAUGAGACAAGCUCCAAGAUACCGUAUCAUGUCAUCUGGACCCAACUUACUCGUUCACAUGAAAACAGAUUUCAAUGUGAAUGCUGGAGGAUUCAAAUUGGUUGUUGUGUCAACUCUCGGAGAAAAAGAUGGAUGUGGAGGAAAGUUAACAGCUACGGAUACCUGGCAAACUCUUUCUAGUCCACAAGAUGAAGAUGGAAACUACCCGAGUGCUCUGGUAUGUGGAUGGACGAUAUCUGGACCUGUGAACUCCCAACUUGCUAUUCGAAUUGAUGGAGUGGACACUGAAUUGUUGGAAUAUCCACCGGGAAUUCAUCCGAAACCAGAAUGUAUUGAUUCACUGGCAAUCUAUGACGGACAAGAAUCGUUCUCUCCUGCUCUUGCAGAUGAUAUUUGCUCAGAUACAACAUAUCCGAAAUUGUUACGAACAUCUCAUAGACAUGCAUUUGUAUCAUUCACAACUGAUAGAGAUGGAACUGGAAAAGGAUUCAAUAUAUCAUAUAUGACUGUAGAAGAAGACUGUGGAGGUUGGCUUCAGGCAACUUCUGAAAUGAAGACGUUGGUCUAUAAAGGAAUCACAGAGGAAGAAAACAGUGAACUGGAAGAUGAGAAUGAACGUUCUCAUCAAAGAUGUCGUUAUAUGAUUCAAGGAUCGAAAACCGAACCAGUUAUUGUUAAUUUCAAAGAUUUCAACAUUCCUUCUGUGGCUGGAGAUUGUUCGGAAUCAUACGUUGAGAUUCGAGAUGUUGGAUCCCUUCAAGAAUGUCAACAUCCUGCCUGCGCCAGGGAACCAAAUCAGAGAAAGAUCACAAAAUUAUGUGGUACCCACGUUCCAGCAUCUCACAUUUCGAACACCAAUACAGUUCAGAUCAUCGUCUCCGCUGGAAUUGUUCCAUCUGGUAAUCAUACGAGACCAAUGUUCAAAAUUGAGUAUAACUUGUUGGAUAACUGCAAUCGUACCAUUAACACUGCCGAGAUCAAAUCUGGUAGAUUGACAAGUCCAAACUUCCCACGAAUUUAUUCCGAAAACUCUACUUGUUUCACCCAACUAAAAUCUUCGAAUCAGAAAAUGCUUAUGGUAUUCAAUGAAUUCAUGUUGGAAGACCCUAAUAAUGAGAACAAAGAAUGCGAGUAUGAUCAUCUCCAGGUGAAAGAUGAUGGGUUGAAUGGAAAAAAAUAUUGUGGUUCAAGUCCUCCGUCCGCAUUUUUGACAUCGGGAAAAGAUGUCACGAUGGAAUUCAAAUCUGAUCAUUCUUUGUCACAUGUAGGAUAUGAUGCCUCAUAUUUCACUGUUGUCUCGCAGACGGACAGCAGAAUUCAGUUCGCAGAUUCUUAUGAAUUAGAAGGAGUCAUCUCGAGUAUUGGGUAUCCAGAUGGCUAUAACAAAUCAAUGAAUCAAGUAUUCACACUCCGUCCUCCUGGAAAUCAUGACUGUUCUAUCAUCUUCUCAGAUGUAAACAUUGCAGUUGUGAAUUCAAGGGAAGAGUGUACACGACCAACAUCUGAAUAUUUGGAAGUCGAAGUGCUGUUCAAAAAAGAAUUGAAACAAGCAAAAGUCAGAGAUUGUACUUUCAAUAACAGAAAGAAAGUUGAACUGAUUCUGGAAGCAGACAGCACCGAGAGAUACAUCAAGUUCAGGUUCCAAUCCGACGAAAAAUCAGAAAACGAUGGACGUGGAUUCAAAAUCAGAUGGUCUUGCCACAGUAUUGGAAGAACUUAUCCACUACUGUCGAAUUAA